AUGAUUUCCGUGGUGUCCACUGUGGAAAGCCUCCCCAGAGGCACGGGGACCCCGGCGCCGAGCGUGUACCAGCGGAUCAGAAAGAUCUUGAGCAGGGACCUGUUGGUGACGUUGGCCUUAGGUCAGGUCCUGUCCUUGUUGAUGUGCGCCAUCGGCCUGACUAGCAAGUACCUGGCUGAUGACUUUCAUGCCAACACGCCCGUGUUCCAGAGCUUCCUCAACUACAUCCUGUUGUUUCUUGUCUACACCACCACUCUGGCAGUCAGGCAAGGUGAAGGAAACUUGUUGGCCAUUUUGAAGCAGCGCUGGUGGAAGUACAUGAUUUUAGGGUUAAUAGACAUCGAGGCCAACUACCUGAUACUAAAAGCUUACCAAUACACCACACUAUCCAGUGUACAGCUAUUAGACUGCUUUAUCAUCCCAGUGGUCUUGGUGUUGUCCUGUUUUUUUCUAUUGGUGAGGUACAAGGCUGCCCAUGUUGUGGGCACAAUACUGUGUCUCCUGGGUAUUGGCUGCAUGGUGGGCGCUGAUGUACUACUUGGCCGACAGCAAGGCAUCGAAGAACAAAAGCUGUUUGGUGAUCUAUUAGUCUUGGGAGGAGCAACCUUGUAUGGAAUGUCCUUCGUCUGUGAGGAGUACAUAGUGAAGAACCUGAGCCGCGUGGAGUUCCUAGGCAUGAUGGGACUCUUUGGGUCGUUUUUCAGUGGAAUCCAACUGGCCAUAAUGGAACACAAGGAGCUGCUGAAGCUUCCCUGGGACUGGCAGAUUGGUCUUCUCUAUGUGAGCUUCAGUGCCUUCAUGUUCACCCUCUACAGCUUCAUGCCGCUGGUCAUGAUGAGAACAAGUGCCACCUUUAUCAGCCUCUCUCUGCUCACAGCUGACCUGUACACUCUUUUCUGUGGCCUAUUCCUCUUUCAUUACAAGUUUUCCUGCCUCUAUUUGUUGUCAUUCUUCAUCAUCAUCUUGGGCCUGGUGGUUUAUUCCUCUACCUCCACCUACGUGGUUCAGGACCCCCGAGUCUACAAGCAGUUCAGGAACACUGCCAACCAUCGUGCCAGUGACCUGCUCCUGCCCAGUAAUGGAAUCUUAGAGCCUUCUGUAGCAUAUACCAGUUUUCGCCCUGAAUCAGGGGAGGAACCUACUUUAAGUGUAAUAUAA